GUGCUUCCUCAUGGCCUAUGCCUUCAUGAACUGUUCCUGCUUCGCCUUGACCUGGCUCCACUCUUCCACCUGGCGACCCUCAUGGAUCCAUCAACGUCGAUGGCGCUUGCUGAAUUUGUUGUCUUGCGGAUCCGGUUUCGUGAUUUGUAUUACUAUCAUGAUCUUAGUUCAUCCUGUGUGGGCGAUGGCAGCUUGCUUGAUCGCCAUUGGCCUCUAUGCCUUUGUGAACUGGAAGGUGGAGGCCAAGGAAUGGGGUAGCGCCAUGGAUGGCAUCACCUUCCGCUUGGCGCUGAGUGCACUGGUCCAGCUGGAGCAGAGCCAGCACCAGCAUGUGAACUGGCGGCCGCAAGUGCUCAUUCUCUACCGAAUCCAAAAGGAUCGACAGGGCAUCAGCAGCCAUGAGGGCAACCUACGUUUUGCCUCGCAGCUCCGCAAAGGAAGGGGCUUUUGCAUGGUCGCUUGCGUUCUGGAAUCUCAGGAGCGUGACGAGCAGGCUCAACUCCAAGCUGCACGGGAAAAGCAAGUGAUCAAGGACAUCAUGGUCAACGAGGGCAUUGAAGGUUUUGCAGAGGUUGUCAUUGCGCCCAGCAUGGCCGAAGGUGCCAACUACAUCAUUCAACUCACUGGCAUCGGCGGCUUGGUUCCCAACACAGUCCUAGUGGAUUGGCCAGAGGAGUCAGAAGAUGACAUGUUCCUCGAUUUCGUGAAGAUUUUGGGCUUCGCCAGUACCGCUGAGAAGGCAGUUCUUGCCGUGAAGGGCCUGAAGGAUAUGUCGCUGGAAGAUGUGAAAGGCGAGCAGAGCACCAUUGACGUGUGGUGGAUGAUUCACGAUGGUGGUUUCCUAAUCCUCCUCUCCUGGCUUUUAACGCAGCACCGCAACUGGCGCCAGAGUCAGAUCCGCGUCUUCACCUUAGCGGAGAACGUGUCCGAGGACCGUGCCAAGGCGGCUGGGGAAGUGCUCUCCAGGACCCUUCGCGAGAGACGACUCUUUGACGUGGACGUCGAAGUGAUCCUAGCAGAUGAUGCCAUGAUUGAGCCCUACACCUAUGACUGGACCUUGAGAGUGGAGGGCCGGCAUCAUUUCCUCUCCUCGCGUGGGCAGAAGACGGCUGAGGCGAUCCCCUGGGAGAUCGACGACCUCUUCGUGGUCGACGAGUUGACGGCCACCACCGAGGCGCGCCCCCCGCAGAACUCCACCAGGAGCAUCUGCAGCGUGGGCUCCGGUGCAGCAGCCGAGCCUCCUGGUGGCCUAGUCUUGGUCAGCGACUGCCGCGAGGAACCCUUCGACGAAUGCCGCCGGGGCCACGUGAUGCGCAAACCCAACGAGUCCUUGCCGUCCUUAGGCCAACGUUUGCCGAUGCCAAGCCAUGACUUCACCAACUUGGAGUCGUGCACCCGAUUGAACCAGGUGGUGUUGUCUCGGUCCAGUGAAGCCGAGUUGGUGGUGUUGAACUUGCCACAGCAGUGGGGCACCGAAGCACCGCAAGCGCGAGCCUUCAUGGCGUACUGCAAUGCCCUCACUGCAGGUUUGAAGCGCGUGGUCUUUGUGCAUUCCAGCGGCCACGAGGUUUUUGAUCUCUCCAAUUAGAUCAGCGACAGCGACCACAGCGAUCAGCCCAAUGCGAAAGAUGUGACCUUUUUUGGC